AUGGCUACCGAGCGCAGAAUCAAGUCGCUCAAGUUGAGACUCCGCAGCAUUGAGACAUCCUUCAGCCUCAUAAGGGUGUUUGCCAAUAACUUCCGAGAAGAUACCCAGUCUGUUGAAGUGCCGGUGCGGCUGGAGAAUCUCGGAGUCCUAUGGGCGGACUUCUGCAAAACUCAGGCUGAGUUGGAGGCUGCUGAAGUUGACGAUCCGGAAGUCAUCGAUUUUCAACUCAAGCAGCGUGCUCAAUUUGAAACGGAAUAUUACCGUGUAAAGGGAUUUUUGCUUUCCGUGAAUAAAACCAUCCCGACAUCGUGCAUCCAAUCUUCUCAGUCCAGCGCGCACUUCCCUGCUUCUUCUCAAAUUCGCCUACCAGAUGUCAAACUUCCUGUAUUCAACGGAACACUCGAGAAUUGGCUGAAUUUCCACGACCUGUUUAUUUCUUUAGUGCAUUCUUCCAGCGAAUUGUCGAACAUACAAAAGUUUUACUAUCUACGGUCAUCUCUGGCUGGAGAUGCACUAAAACUAAUUCAAACAAUUGGGCUCAGCGCCAACAACUAUCCCGUUGCCUGGAUUCUGCUUGUAGAGCACUUCCAGAAUCCGUCGCGUCUCAAGCAAGCCUACAUCGAUUCUCUUUUUGAGUUUGUCCCAUUGAAGCGAGAAUCAGCAGCCGAUCUCCAUUCCCUAGUAGAAAAAUUCGAAGCCAACGUCCGGAUCUUAAAGCAGUUGGGUGAAAGAACCGAAUAUUGGGAUGUUCUGCUGAUCCGCAUGCUGAGUAUUCGCCUUGAUACCAAAACACGAAGGGAUUGGGAAGAGUUUUCGUCAGUACAUGAGGCCGUCACGUUUCCGGAUUUGGUCCUGUUCCUCCAAAGACGGGUUACGGUACUGCAGAGUGUCAGCAACGUUAAUCUGGAUAAUUCGUCUAUUUCUGCUUCAAAAAAACCCGUUUAUCGAUCGUCAGUUGUCAGCAAUGGUGCCACUCAAGUUUCUUUCCGUCAAUGCCAUGCCUGUUCUGAACAUCAUCCGCUCUACCAAUGCUCUGUGUUCACGAAAAUGACCACCGAGGACAAGGAAAAGCUCGUGCGUCGCCAGCAACUGUGUCGGAACUGCCUUCGAAAGGGGCACCAAGCCAGAACAUGUCAGUCCAAGAACACCUGUCGAAAAUGUCGAGGGAAGCACCAUAGCCAACUGUGCAACCAGGACUCCGGUCAUCUUGAAUCUAACCGACCGAAAACUGAUACCAAGGAUCCCGUUCCAGCCAGUGAAGAAUGUUCUUCGUCACUGUCCGCGGCAGUUCAAAAGCCUCCUACUGGAUUUCGCUCUCACAAGGUACUCCUUGCAACGGCCGUCAUUAAUCUCGUUGAUGAUUUCGGCAAUACCCAUCCAGCUAGAGCACUUCUCGAUUCUGGGAGCGAAUGUAGCUUUAUCACCGAAGCAGUUUCACAAAAACUCAAGGCUCAACGCAACAAGGUUCAUCUAACGAUCUCCGGCAUCGGUCAGUCAUCCGUACAAGCUCGCUGUAAACUUCGGGCUACCCUACAUUCCCGAGUUACCGAAUUCUCUACUGUCGUUGAACUGUUUGUGUUACCAAAACUAACCUUAAACUUACCAUCCGCCACAUUGAGUAUCUCAAAAUGGGACGUGCCAAAGGGAAUACAGUUAGCAGGCCCUGGUUUCUACGAAAGCAAUCCUAUCGACGUAGUUCUGGGGGCCGACAUCUUUUUCGAACUCUUCAAGCCAUCCGGUAGAAUUCCUCUUGGAGAAUCUCUUCCUAUACUGGUGAACUCCGUUCUUGGUUGGGUGGUAUCUGGGAAGGUGUCGAAUUUCAAUCCUGUCGGUAUCGUAGCUUCCAAUGUUGCAACUAUCGCAGAUUUCGUUCCGUUUGUCUGA